CACAAAACCACACCUUUCCCCCAAAUCAAUUUCACGUGUUCAUUAUUCUCAACCUUCUUGUUAUUCUACUUCAUUCUUCUUCAUCCAAGCACUAGCACUAGCAUUCUCAACCUGUCCAGAUCUACACUAAGUAUAAGGAAGAGAAAUUUUGAAAAAUGGCUUCUAAGGGAAAGGGUGUUCAUGUUGGCGGCACUUCUUGCGGAACGAAGAAACAGGGUAAACUAAAUGAGAGGGGACUUAUUCUAAACAAAUCUGAGAGGGAAAGGUACAAAAUGCUUUUGAACAGAGACAUUGUACCAAAUAGGUAUCCCGAUUCAGCAACUUUACAGGCAUUGGGUAUAGACGACAAUGUCACAACAUUAAUUAGUAACAUUGGCUGGAAAGAUUUCGUGGGGGAGACGCACUUCACCUUCGAAACGAGUACAUUUGAAUUUUUGAGUACAGUCAAUUUUAAUCAUGAUACACACAAUACCACACACCCAAACCACACUGUUUCAUUUAGUUUGGGCAACGUGGAAUACAACAUGUCCCUCACCGAAUUUAGUGACAUAAUGGGAUUUGAAAGCACGGGGGUCAUUCAUGUAUCCCGUAACCAUGAUGUCAGGCACCGAGGAUAUGACAAACAUGGGUUUUGGUUUCAAAUAACUGGCCGAAAACGUUAUGAAUGUAAAACUGCCAAGGCCAGCAUGAUACAAAACUCAGUUUUCCGAUACUUGCAUAGAGUAAUGGCAUGCACCAUUUUCGGUAGGCCGGAAACUGCAACAGUGAGGUCUGAUGAGCUAUUCCUUCUAUGGGCUAUGGUUCAUAAAUGUCCUGUAAACACGGGCUAUUACUUAUUAGACCAUCUGACAUAUGUGGCGGAACAACCCAAAGAUUUAGAUUCCCGGGUACCUAAAGAGGGGCCUGCCAAAGACGAAGAAAUGGGUGAUUACCGGGAGGAUAAACAACCAACGGAGGGUUCAAAAGAUGACAAUGAUUGGCGUCAAAGGAUGGAGGCGAAGGUUGACAGAACGUAUGAGGAGGUUGCACUCGUCAAACAUAUGCUUGCAGCAACAAUGCGUACUCCUUUAAGAGCUUUUCAAGUUUCCAUAGGGUAUGUUAUGAACAAUGAUCCGAUUAUAAUUAUGGUGUAA